AUGCCACCCCAAACAGCCCCUCUCACCCUCAUCGUCGCCACGACUCCCGUCCGCACCAGCGACUCCCUCACCCCCCGCCUCGGCAUCGGCCUGAACGGCACCCUCCCCUGGCCACGCAUCAAGGCCGACAUGUCCUUCUUCGCCCGCGUCACAUCCCGCCCCCCUCACGCAGGAGCCACAAAUGCCAUGAUCAUGGGCCGGAAAACCUACGAUUCUGUACCGGCCAACCUUCGCCCCCUAGGCAAGCGGAUCAGCGCCGUCAUCACGCGCGAUGAAAGCGGUGCAGUGCGGGAGAAGGUCAGACGGGAGUUGGAGGCGAAGAGAGGCAGGGAUGCUGCUAAGGCUGCUGCUGCUGCUGCGGAGGGGAAGGCGAAGCCUGUGACGGAGGAGCCUGCUACGGAUGCGAUUGUUAGUUCGAGUAUGGAGGCUGCGUUGGAGACAUUGGAGGCUUCGUAUGGUGCGCAGGAGAAAUUGGGCAAGGUAUUUGUGAUUGGGGGUGGGGAGAUUUACGCUACUGCGUUGCAGAAGGGGUCUGGGGCUGUUGGUCGAGGGGUGAGGAUUGUUAUGACGAGGGUGGAGCGCAAGGGCGAUGAGGGAUAUGAAUGUGAUACGUUCUUCCCUGUGGAUGAUAACUUUACGGAGGAGAAUGGCUGGAGGGAAGCAAGUCCCGGUGAACUUUCUGAAUGGGUUGGGGAGGAGGUCACAGGGGAGUGGAGGGAUGAAGGAGAGGUUUCUAUCAGGAUGGUUGGAUAUGAACGGUUAUCAUGA